AUGGAGGAUAUUGCCGAGAUAGUUCGGGAAAUCGGCCGACAGCAGGUUGAGAAUACUUACUACCGUGCUUGUUACGACUCUCUUAAACGGCUGCAGGAUCUAGUGGGUCAGGCUUCCGAAGACUUGUUUCAGGUUUAUCAGUAUAAUAAAAACGUUUCUUCUUGCGACUUUCAAUCCGCUCACCUGGUGGCCGAAGAACUACGAAACGCAAUUCAGGCUCUGAGUGUCCAAGAAGAAAAAGCCCAACUGGCUCUGAAGGAGCUGUAUACUUUCAGACAUGGUAUUCAAAAGUAA